AGGUAGUGGGGGUGAAUUUCCCACCUCCUGAGGAGCUGCCUGUCGGUCCCCGGGGGCCAGGCUGUGACGUCGUCGGGCGUAGACGGGCAACGCCACAGAGUCCGGAGAGCUCAGCGGUCGCCUUGGACGGAGCGCGCCCUGGACGUCGCGCUGCCACUGAAAACGUCCGCCUGGCCUAGCGGGAAAUCGGCAUGAUUUUCAGGAACUCCUGUGCAUUAUAUGUUUAGCAUAUAAUUAGCAUCCUUGGCCUCUACCCAUAGAUGCCAGUAGCAUACCCUCCCCCAAUUGUGACAACAAAAAAUGUCUUCAAACAUUGCAGAUGUUUGCCCCUGAGAGGGUAAAUCACUCCACACUGAGAACCUCUGCUCAACCUUGAUUUCUGUCCCUGCCUGUUUAUACAUCAGGAAUACACAUUUACAGUACUUUCAAGGGAAAUCUAAGUUCAUUUCAAGGCAGUCGAAAUGGGGAAAGACUAUUAUUCCAUUUUGGGAAUUGAGAAAGGAGCUGCAGAUGAAGAUAUUAAAAAGGCUUACCGAAAACAAGCCCUCAGAUUUCAUCCGGACAAGAACAAAUCUCCUCAGGCAGAGGAAAAAUUUAAAGAGGUCGCAGAAGCUUAUGAAGUAUUGAGUGAUCCUAAAAAGAGAGAGAUAUAUGAUCAGUUUGGGGAGGAAGGGCUAAAAGGAGGAGCAGGAGGUACUGAUGGACAAGGAGGUACCUUUCGUUACACAUUUCAUGGCGAUCCUCAUGCCACGUUCGCAGCAUUUUUUGGAGGUUCCAAUCCCUUUGAAAUUUUCUUUGGGAGACGGAUGGCUGGUGGUAGAGAUGCUGAUGAAAUGGAAGUAGAUGGAGAUCCUUUUAGUGCUUUUGGAUUCAACAUGAAUGGCUAUCCAAGAGACAGAAAUUCUGUGGGACCUUCCCGUCUGAAACAAGAUCCUCCAGUUACUCAUGAACUAAGAGUAUCGCUUGAAGAAAUAUAUAGUGGUUGUACUAAACGAAUGAAGAUUUCUCGAAGAAAACUAAAUCCUGAUGGAAGGAGUUUCAGAACUGAAGACAAAAUUCUUACCAUUGAGAUUAAAAAGGGAUGGAAAGAAGGCACCAAAAUUACUUUUCCAAGGGAAGGAGAUGAAACACCAACUAGUAUUCCAGCAGACAUUGUUUUUAUCAUUAAAGAUAAAGAUCAUCCAACAUUUAAAAGGGAUGGAUCAAAUAUAGUUUAUAAUGCCAGAAUUAGUUUACGAGAGGCAUUGUGUGGCUGCUCAAUUAAUGUGCCAACAAUGGAUGGAAAAAGCAUACCUAUGUCAAUAAAUGAUAUUGUGAAGCCUGGAAUGAGGAGAAGAAUUAUUGGAUAUGGACUGCCAUUUCCCAAAAAUCCUGACCAACGUGGUGACCUUCUAGUAGAAUUUGAGGUUGUCUUCCCAGAUACUAUAUCCUCAUCAUCCAAAGAAGUACUUAGGAAACAUCUUCCUGCCUCAUAGAUUGAAAAUCUUUGUUACCCAUAUUUUGAUAAGGCACUGAAAAUAUAAAAAGACUGGCAGUUUACUGAUGUAGAUGUGAAUUCUGUAUAAAGAUGUAUAAAUUAUUUUGAGAGAUCAUUCAAUUGCAUGAAUAGAAAUGGGUCAGAUAAACAGGCAGGAGUGAUUUUUACAGUUUAGAGAUGAAGGGAAAAAGCAUUCAUUGUAUUUUAUUUCUCCUAAAUCAAAAAUUUUAAUAUCUGCUUACAUGUAAAUUUUUUUGUGGAGUUUGUAGAUAUAUUUCUAAUAAAGUACUAGACUCUCCAGGUACUUUAUUUCUUGUAUCUUUGCAUUAUUAGUAUGAUUGGUUCAUAUUUAUAAAGCAAAUUUAGAUUCUUGGGGCCCAAGUGGUAGUACAGCAGAUAGGGCAUUUGCCUUGCAUGCGGUCAACCUGGAUUCAAUCCCUGGUAUCCCAUUUGGUCCCCCAAGUACUGCCAGGAAUAGUUACUGAGUGCAGAGCCGGGAGUAAUUCCUGACUAUUGCCCCUCCAAACUUAAUUAUACCAAAAAUAUAAUACCUAUUUCUAGAGAAGAUAUCCCAGUCAUUUGGAAGGUUAACUAUUAUUUUAGUCACCAUCUUAAAUGCUGCUCUAGGACUGGUUCCAUUAAAUGAUAUCUUGAUGCAUAUGUUUUACCAUUUUGAUUUUUAAAGUAUGUGGUUCUAUUUCUUAAUGACUUAUUUGUUAUGCUCUUAAGACAGACCCUUUCUUGAUAAAAAUGAAAUUAAUAGCAACUUGUCUCCUGUGGAAAUUCCAAUUACCUGAAUUACUGGUAUUUUAGAAAUAGACUGUUUUUAAAAUGCCAAUGUACUUUUAUGCAAGUUUACUAUAUAUCUUGGACUUAAUAAAUUAUCUUAUUGUCCACUAGUUUAAUUUGUUUAAUACGUAAAGCGUUUGGGAAAAUAUUGCUACUCUGAAUUAAUUUUCCAAUUUAUAUUCUUCUAUAACUUAUGGUAUCUGUAUUUUAUGUAAUUUCUCUAAAAAGAAUGAACUGCCACUCUGGUGUUAAACCAAAAUAUGGAGAAAAUAAACACUAGCUGCUGCUUAUGAAUGAUAUUGCUACUACUUGUGCAUAUGAAUGCUUUACUUUUUCAUAAGUAUAAGUUGUAUUUCUUAGAUGUUUUAAUUUUAAAAAUAUAUUUACAUUAAAAUGGGUUUACUUUCUGUUUUAUAACUAUAAUACGAAUGAUAUUUUGAAAGAACAUUGUUGGUUUAAAAGCAAUCUUUGGGAUGAUAUAUAAAGUUAUACCAAAUCCUGCCUCCUUUUAGCAGAAUAUGAAGUCUGAAAAUUAAUAAAUAAUAAAUAGGUUGUAAUUGACAUGGACUUUAUAGAAGUUUUAUUGAGCUAUAAUUCAUGUACUAUGAAGAUUUCCAGAAAGUCUACAAUUCAGUGGUUUAGUAUAUUCAGAGUUAAGCAACCAUCACCACUUUCUAAGUCCUGAGCAUUUCAUCAUCUUAAAUGAAACUCUUAUAUUCUUUUGGACUCUGCAGUCCUCAGUUUCUGGCAAACACUAACAUACUAUCUGUAUGUUAGUUUCUGUAUGGGUUUCUCUGUUCUGGAUAUUUUAUAUUAAUGGGAUUAAAUAUGUUGCGCACUUUU